AUGCACUGGACACCGGAACACGCCCAGCCCCACAACCAGUGGCCGGAGCAACACCUCGACGUGUCCUCCACCACCCCGUCGCCGGCUCACAAGCUGGAGUUGCCCCCGACUGGUCGCCAGCGCUGUCACUAUGCUUGGGCACACGACGACAUCUCCGCCCUCACGGCCUCCAACCUCCUGAAGCGCUACGCAGAGAAAUACUCGGGGGUCCUGGACUCGCCCUAUGAGCGCCCUGCCCUGGGAGGCUACAGCGACGCCGCCUUCCUCAACGGUGCCAAGGGGGACCCGGAGCCCUGGCCUGGGCCUGAGCCGCCCUAUCCCUUGGCCUCCCUGCACGAGGGCCUCGCGGGAACCAAGUCAGGGAGCGGGGGUGGGUCGGGGGGCCUAGGAGGCUCCCCGGUUUUAGCAGGGAACUUACCUGAACCCCUGUAUGCCGGCAACGCUUGCGGAGGUCCGUCGGUGGCGACAGCAGCGCCCGAAUACGCAGCGGGAUACGCAAGUGGCUACCUGGCGCCUAGCUACUGCACGCAGACCGGCACCGCGCUGCCCCCGCCGCCUCCGCCGCCGCCUCCGGCCGCGCUGCUGCAGCCGCCUCCCCCACCGGGGUACGGCCCGUCGGGGCCGCUCUAUAACUACCCCACGGGCGGCUACGCGGCCGCGCAGCCCGGCUACGGCGCCCUCCCGCCGCCCCCGGCCGCACCCCCAGCCCCUUACCUGCCCUCCGGCCUCGCAGCGCCCACGCCCCUGCCCGCGCCCACGCCGCCGCGCCCUGCGCCCGCCUCCUACGGCUUCCAGACCGUCGCUCCAGGCACCGAAGGCAGCGUGUCACUGAAGCGCAAGGCCGCCGACGAGGGCGCGGAGGGCCGCUACCGCAAGUAUGCAUACGAGCCCGCCAAAGCCCCCGCGGCCGACGGCGCCGCCUAUCCUGCCGUGGACAACGGCGAGGGUCGGGGCAACGGGUUCCGGGCGAAGCCGCUGUCGGCAGCCGCCGAGGAGUCGUCGAGCAAAUACUCGGGGACCGGCGUGUCGCUCAAGGUCCUGGGGUCCCCGGUCUACGGCCCGCAGCUUGAGCCCUUUGACAAGUUUUCUGAGCGGCCACCGGUGCCGGCUGCCCGCGGGGGCUUCGCCGUGCCGUCGGGGGAGCCUCUUAAAGGUUUGGAGCUGGUGACCAGCAAGAUGCUGGACUGCGGACCGCCGGUGCAGUGGGCCGACGUGGCGGGCCAGGGCGCGCUCAAGGCGGCGCUGGAGGAGGAGCUGGUGUGGCCCCUGCUGAGGCCGCCUGCCUACCCGGGCAGCCCGCGCCCGCCGCGGACCUUGCUGCUCUUCGGGCCGCGCGGCGUCGGCAAAACGCUGCUGGGCCGCUGCCUGGCCACGCAGCUGGGCGCCUCGCUGCUUCGUCUGCGCGGUGCCACCCUGGCCGCUCCGGGCGCCGCCGAGGGCGCAGGCCUGCUCCAGGCCGCCUUCGCCGCCGCGCGCUGUCGGCCGCCCGCCGUGCUGCUCAUCAGUGAGCUGGAGGCGCUGCUGGCCGGCCGCGACGACGGCGCGCUGCAGGCGCCGCUGCUGGCCUGCCUGGACGGCGGCGGCGCGGGGACCGACGGCGUGCUGGUCGUGGGCACCACAGCGCGGCCCGCGGCCCUGGACGAGGCGACCCGCCGGCGCUUCGCACUGCGCUUCUACGUGGCGCUGCCCGACGGCCCGGCCCGGGGGCAGAUCCUGCAGCGGUUGCUGUCCCAGCAGGGCUGUACCCUGAGCGAGCGGGAGCUGGCUGCCCUCGUGCAGGGCACCCAGGGCUUCUCCGGGGCCGAGCUGGGACAGCUGUGCCAGCAGGCAGCUGCGGCCGCCGCGGGGCUCCCGGGGCUGCGGCGGCCCCUCUCCUACAAGGACUUGGAGGCGGCGUUGAGCAAGGUGGGCCCCAGGGUGUCCCCCAAGGAGCUGGACUCGUUCGUGGAGUGGGACAAAAUGUACGGCUCCGGACACUGAGGGCAUGCGGGCGGCAAGCGGCCCUUCCUGCCUCUGCACUCCUGCUCCUCCUCGGCUUGUGGGAACAUGGUUGGCCAAAGUGGGCUGGGAGGGCGUCCGAAUGGCGCGCGUGGGGUGAGGGAUGCCCUGCUGGUGGAGUUCUCUUGGGUGUGAAACGUUUCUGGUGCACGCGGGGCCAGAUGCCAGCUGCGCCACGUUCUCAGGUUUUUC